AUCAGACGAAGCAACCCCAUUGCAAUCAUUGUAGCUACAGCUGAAACUACAGCGAACAUAUCACAGACGAAGAUGAGGCACUCUCUAAGUUUCGACCUUCUUGUUUUGAGUUGGAUUGCAUCGACGGCCCAUGGCUUUGGAAUCUUUUCCAAGUCGCCAUCCAAACCAGCGACCAAUUUUGCAAAGGCGCCACAAUCGAAAUUGACAUUUCUCCAAUCUUUGGAAACACUCGAUACAAUGAAUGCUGCAACCAAAGAACGGACCCAAAUGGUCCGAGACAUGACCAAUGACAAUCCAACGUCGCAACCAGGAUCCAAGGAAGGAUUCCAACCGUUUGCGGCGGGAUUGUGGAGUGUGAUUUAUGCCCCUCACAUCACCACCAUGUCCAAACUGGUGGGGAGAGGAUUUACACCCGUAUGGUACGAUCUCAAACAAGAUGGAACCAUGAUAUCCCAUGCCAGAUUUGAUGUCAAGCUACCUCUGUUGCCUGAAAAGAGUGGUUGGCUUUCGGUCAGUGGUACCUACGGUACCCAAGACGACAACCGAGUGUGUCGAGUGGAUUUUGACAAGGCGUGGAUCAAGUGGAACGACGAUAAUAACAACACCGAGGACGCGCCGUAUCCCACACUGGAAGAUGUUGCGCCCAGUUUAGAAAAGACCAUUAUUCAGACGCUGGGAAAAUGGCUGUUCAUUGAUAGCUUUUCGGUAUUCCCUGUUUCCUACCUAGACGAUGAUCUGAUUGUCUUUGAUUUUGAACUUUUGGGAACCAGAAUAUGUGCCAGAAAAAUCAAAAAGGAGACGCCGUAAUGGAACAGGAGCCGAACAAGCAAACAACAAUACACUUGCAGCACAGCAAGUACCGUACCGGUAUCUCAACACGAUAA